AGCUGUGAAAGCUCCUCGCUGUCAGCUAGCUUCAGUUUCCUUAUUGGCACCAUGACAUCAUCUGUGCUCUGGAAAUUCCACUCGCCCUCCUGUACCCUCGCCUCUCUCCAAGGCCUCAGAGCUCCUAUAAAGAGGGGUUCCCAACUCAGCAUCAGCACAGAACACAGGAGGGUUCUGAAGCUUCUGGGUCCUCUCCUCUGAGCUCCGGGCAAGUCUCUCCUCCGCCAAGACCAUGAAGCUCUGCGUGACUGUCCUCUCCCUCCUGGUCCUAGUCGCUGCCUUCUGCUCUCCAGCGCUCUCAGCACCAAUGGGCUCAGACCCCCCCACCUCCUGCUGCUUCACAUACACCGUGCGGAAGCUUCCUCGCAACUUCGUGACUGAUUACUAUGAGACCAGCAGCCUCUGCUCCCAGCCAGCCGUGGUAUUCCAGACCAAAAAGGGCAGGCAGGUCUGCGCCAACCCCAGUGAUGCCUGGGUCCAGGAGUACAUGGAUGACCUGGAACUGAACUGAGCUGCUCUGAACCCGGGGAAGGUGUUCUCCAGGGAAAGUCACCUGAGCCCGACGCUUCUCAGCAAGACGCAACUUCUCGAGACUCCUGACUCCGCUCAUUAGUCCCUAUUCCUUUUCCUAACUUAAUCUGUAUCACAUGUUGUGUUGCUGUAUUUGGUGUUCUUUCCCCUUAUUUAUGCUUUUUUUUAAACCAAGGACAUUUGUCCCCCAUGGGGAUGGUCCACCAUCACUAUUUCUCUGCUAUUGUAGAUACAUGGAUAAUGCCCUUGAUUCCAAGUGUUUUCAUAAUAAAACCUUUAAAAAAAUGCAGAUCA